AUGUCCACACCUGAGCCGGUCCUGGAGAGGAGGUAUGAAGGAGUCGGCCGCUGCAAGUGCUCCUUCUGGUUCGCGGUGGCCCACGACGUAUUCGGCGUCUUCCUCAUGAUGGUGGGGGUGUUUGGAGGGCUGGUCGUCCACGAUUUGUUCAUCUACGCGGGGGCUAUCGUCAUCUUCCUCAGCCUGAUCUGGUGGGUGUUCUGGUACUCUGGGAACAUCGACGUGCCGCCCGAGGAGCUGGAGGACGACGUGGGUCUGAUCAAGCUGAAGAACCGGGGGCUCAGCGGGGCGGUGAGGCACAUGUCCGACCGCUUCUCCAGCCGGAUCAGGAGCUCUUUCAGAAAGACAGGCACGUCCAUCAGAGGAGACCCCACGAGCAACAACAGGCCUUCAAACACGGAGGUGUCGCUCUCCACUAUAUGUGACAGCUCCUUCGCCUCCCCAGCUGGAGAGCUCUUUGAAGCGGUGCUGCAGCAUGGCCUGAGGAAGAGCCGAGGCCUGGCUCUCACCGCCGCCGCGCUGAAGCAGGCAGCGGGCUUCAGCACCAAGACUGAAGCAGGUACGACGAAAUCAAAGCAGCAACGCAGAGCUGAAUGCUAA